GGGACCUAAGUUUAUUCGUGCUGUUAUUUGCUAAGAUAUUCUAUCCAGUUUUUUUAGAUCAGCUGUUGUGAAGCUCUUAUCUGCAAGUGGAAGCACGUAAGAAGAAGAAAUAAUAUUGAAAGAAUAUUAGAAAGCAGCUAUAUAAUGGCGUGUAGUAGAAGUGUUUUAGAUUCACCUUUUGGAGAGAAAGUUAGCGAUGAAAUACGAGAGAUAUUCGAAAUAUGCAAGAAUGGGGAUGUAUCUAAAGUACGAAGAUAUAUAAUGAAUGGUUUGGACCUCAAUAUAAGAGAUACAGCCGGCCGAAAAUCAUCACCGCUCCACUUCGCUGCUGGUUUUGGGAGGAAAGAAAUUGUAGAGGUUUUACUUCAUAGUGGAGCUGAUGUUCUUGCGAGGGACGAUGGUGGUCUUAUUCCCUUGCAUAAUGCAUGUUCAUUUGGCCAUGCUGAAGUUGUAAAACUGUUGUUAAAACAUGGUGCAGAUGGUAAUGCAAGAGACAACUGGAAUUUUACUCCUUUACAUGAAGCAGCAGUCAAAGGAAAAGUGGAUGUUUGCAUUGUUUUGCUGCAGCAUGGUGCUGAUCCUGGGAUAAGAAACACAGAUGGUAAAACUCCACUGGAUGUUGCAGAGUCAUCGUGCAAAUCUGUUUUAAAUGGUGAUUACAAAAAGGAUGAAUUAUUGGAAGCAUCAAGGAGUGGCAAUGAAGAAAAGUUGAUGUCGUUACUUACACCUCUCAAUGUCAACUGUCAUGCAAGUGAUGGACGCAAGUCAACUCCAUUACAUCUGGCAGCUGGAUAUAACAGAGUGAGAAUUGUUCAACUUCUUCUGCAACAUGGCUCAGAUGUUCAUGCUAAAGACAAAGGUGGUCUUGUGCCUCUCCACAAUGCUUGUUCAUAUGGACAUUUUGAAGUGACUGAACUGCUUAUUAAGCAUGGAGCUAAUGUUAAUGCAAUGGAUUUAUGGCAGUUUACUCCAAUACAUGAAGCAGCUUCUAAAUCAAGAGUGGAUGUAUGUUCUCUACUUCUGAGUCAUGGUGCUGAUCCUAGUUUGUUGAAUUGUCAUUCUAAAAGUGCUGUGGAAGUUUGUCCAUCAGAUGAUCUCCAGGAGAAAUUACAAUAUGAAUUCCGUGGCCAUAGUUUGUUAUCAGCUUGUGUUCAUUGUGAUGUUCUAAAAAUAAAGAAAAUUUUGGCUGCGGACAUUGCAAGUUUUCAACACCCAUUCUCUUUAGAUUCACCAUUGCACUAUGCUGUAGCAGCUCCAACAGCAAAACGAAAGACAAUGGUUGAGAUGUUGAUAAAGAAAGGAGGUGAUGUGAAUCUUGGAAACAGAGAUGGUAUAACAGCCUUGCAUAUUGCUGCAGAAAAAUCUCAUUUGGAUGUUCUUGAAAUACUGUUGAAGAAUGGUGCACAGGUCGACACAACAGAUAAUCUUGGUCAAACACCACUACACUGUGGUGCACAUGCUGGUCACAUACAGAGUUGUAAGAUGUUGCUAUGUGCUGGUGCUGACAUAAAUGCGCGAUCACUGCAGGCUCUUACACCAGCACAAAUUGCUCCUGAACCUCUGCAAAAAUUACUCCAAGGCACAAGAGAAGAAGAAGUACAAGAGACCAGCGGUGAUAGAGAUGACACAAGGAAACUACUAGAAGCAGCCAAGACUGGUGAUCUAGAAACUGUAAAACAAUGUUGUAACACCAAGACUGUCAAUUGUCGUGAUCUUGAUGGUAGACACUCUACUCCCUUACAUUUUGCAGCUGGUUAUAACCGAGUGUCUGUCGUACAUUUUCUUCUGGAAAAUGGUGCUGAUGUUCAUGCAAAAGAUAAAGGUGGUUUGGUACCUUUACAUAAUGCAUGCUCUUAUGGACAUUACGAAGUCGCUAAUUUACUUGUCAAGCAUGGUGCUAACGUGAACGUGGCUGAUCUGUGGAAAUACACGCCACUUCACGAGGCUGCCACGAAAGGAAAACUUGAGAUCUGUAAACUUCUAUUACGGCACGGAGCUGAUCCCUCGAAACGUAAUCGCGACGGCCAGACUCCUUUGGACUUGGUUAAAGAUGAGGAUAGCGAUGUCUCAGAUUUAUUGAGAGGCGAUGCUGCACUCCUGGAUGCUGCUAAGAAGGGAAUUUUAGCUAAAGUUGUAAAGUUAGCCAUUUCUAGUAACAUCAACUGCCGUGAUAGUCAAGGACGAAUCACACCUUUGCAUCUUGCUGCUGGUUAUAAUCAUCUUGAGGUGGCCGAGUAUUUGCUGGAGACUGGAGCUGAUGUGAAUGCUCAAGAUAAAGGUGGUCUGAUACCACUACAUAAUGCCUCAUCUUACGGGCACUUGGAUAUCGCGGCGUUACUGAUCAAGUUCAAGGCAGAUAUUAACGCAACUGAUCGCUGGCAUUUCACACCACUACAUGAAGCUGCGCAGAAAGGAAGGACGCAGCUUUGUGCUUUAUUGCUGGCGCAUGGUGGUGAUCCGUCUAUGAGAAAUUUGGAGGGAGAGACACCGUUGGACCUCGCUACAGCUGAAGACGUGAAGGCGUUGUUAAGCGAUGCAAUGGUGCAUUGUACAAAUAAACCUGCCGCCGUAAAUAAAUCAGCUCAAGCGAGUGUGAAAGCAGAGAGCGGAGCAUCGCCAUUAUCUACAGCUAACUCAAUACUUCUCGCAAGCAACUUACCCGGCUCAGGUGACGGAGCGUCGACCGAAAGACCAGUUAUGGAGUUACCAGCAGUUCAUCCUGGUCUUGACGUGGAUAUUGGACAGUUUUUGAAUAGUUUACAACUUUCACAUCUCAAUGAAAUAUUCGAACAAGAACAGAUAACCUGGGAUGUUCUUCUUGACAUGGGACACGAGGAACUGAAAGAAAUUGGAAUAAACGCUUAUGGACAUCGACAUAAAAUACUUAAAUCCGUAAAAGAAAGGAUAACAAACAUGGGAUUAGGUAAUGGUCCAUUUACAGCGUUAUCAGCCACAAAUCAUGGCACAAUACUGCAAGAAUUAUGCGGAACAGAUAAAGAUUUUAUAUCCGUAUCUGAAGAGAUGCAAAGUACAAUACGAGAACAUCGAGAUCAUGGUCAAGCAGGAGGGAUAUUUAACUCGUACAAUAUUAUCAAGAUUGAACGAGUGAUCAAUAAGAAAAUGUGGGAAAGAUAUUGUUAUCGCAGACAAGAGGUUGCCGAGUCCAAUCAUAAUCACGCAAAUGAAAGAAUGCUUUUCCAUGGUUCGCCGUUUGUCAAUUCAAUCGUUCAAAAAGGAUUUGAUGAACGUCAUGCUUACAUCGGUGGCAUGUUUGGAGCAGGUAUCUAUUUUGCCGAGAAUUCAUCGAAAAGUAAUCAAUAUGUUUAUGGAAUCAACGGAGGAAGUGGUUGUCCAGCUCAUAAAGAUCGUUCAUGUUACGAUUGCUCCAGACAAAUGUUACUUUGUCGUACAGCACUUGGCAAACCAUUUUAUCAGUUCUCUGCGAUUAAAGUCGCUCAUUCUCCCCCAGGACAUCACUCGGUCAUUGGCAGACCAAGUGCAGGGGGGUUGUCUUUUGCAGAGUAUGUUGUUUAUAGAGGCGAACAGGCGUACCCUGAAUAUCUUAUUGAAUAUAAGAUAAUAAAACCAGAGACACGAGACAGUGAUUCUUGGCUGUCGUCUUCAUCAUCAUCGUAGCAGGUACUAAGUUUUUUACUGGGAGAUAUUGUACUUGGCUGGAGCUGGUAUAGUUGAAGCAAUGUAGUCCCCGACCAUUUUCAAUAAACCAAUGAUGUGAGUGGAAUUAAUGAACAUUUUAUGACCUGGUUGUACAUGAAUAAUUGAAGACUUGCUGAAAGAUUUUAAGACGAUAUUUCCGUCUUGAGACAUUCUGAAUACAGCAGAAUUAAACUAGGGUGUGCGCGAUGGCUACCAUGCUCAAUCUGAAUAGUAAUUGUAUUCGCUAGCGUCAUUCAAAUAGUAUGCGAGUUCUUUGAGCACUAUGGAACACUAGACGUUCAACCAUAGCGAUCUUUUAUGACUGUCUCAAUAAAUGAAGGCUAAUCAACUGUAUAUACAAUUGAACACUAGAGAUAUUGGAGUGUAUUUAGAAAGAAUAUCAGGCAAUAUUUGGUAGUGAUGUAAAUAUUAAGAUGAGGGUGAAAAGACGAAAUUAUAAAAACAAUAUAAAUAUAU